CAAAGUAAUGAGAUUUUAAAUUGUUUGUGGGUAAACUCGGAAGCAAUGGAUCUGUUUUCAAUAAGUUAAAAAUAACAACUGAAAUAGUUAGAAUGAUUGGUGAUCAAUCAGAAUGAUUGGUGAUGGCUACUUGAGAUUAAGCUACAGGAGAGGAGGGGGAAUGGGACUGAUGGGAUUUAUCUGAUAGAAGGUGGCAUGAACAUCAAGGGGUUCAAAGGCCUGUGGUAAAUAUUGAAGUUACUAAGUAAUUAACUACUUGAACAGUGUCGACUUUCAAUGUAAUUUGCAGACAAUAAGAUUCUAAUAAAAACAAUGUUUUAAUGUUGCUUUAUAAUAUAUCUUAAUAGGGCUUUCAGAAAUGAUUGCCUCUGUGAAUAAAAUUGUGGCACUUGUUACAUACAUCUGAGAAACAAGAUAGGACACCAGAAACAGAGCUUGUUCAUACAGUAUGUGAACUGAUUUUCUGUAAUUGGGUUGCAGGUGGCUUCUGUUUCCAAUUUGGCUCAGAUCAAGUCUUGAAAAUGGAACCUAAUCCAAGUUUCUCUUGAAUGUUUCAGUAGAUUUGGGAUUCAUUACCUUUUGGUUGGCAAUUUUGAAAUACCAUGCCCUUUAUACUACUUCCCACCCACUUUUUAAUAUAUAUUGUGUGUAUAAAUGUGUAUGUGUAUAUAAAGAGAUGUUAGUAAUAUAUUCAUGAUAUUAAUCUAAUCUGAGCUAAAAGGUUGUAUGUGUUCUAGUCCCAAAUUUAAAGUUGGCACUUCAGUGCAGUCCUUAAGUAAUUCAACAUUGUCAGGAUACUCUGCAAAUGCGAAAUGAAACCAUUUGCUAUAAUGUCAAGUAGAAAUAGAAUUCCACAGCACACUUAAAGAGGGGAUUGUUCUUGGGUCUUUGCCAAUAUUUAUCCUAACCUUCAGCAAAUAUCGUGAUCUGAUCAUUAUAAACGUACUAGGUUUCAUCUAGGCGACUUAAAAUGUACGUGCAUUUCAGUUCUUAUGAAGGAUCUUUGAUCUGAUAAGUUGGCAUCUGCUUGACUUACUGCUACUUUCUGUGUUUUCUGUCUUGAUUCUGUUUUCUAGCAUCCGCAGAUUUUUUGCUCCAAUUGCUAAGUAUCAGGCUAUUUGUGGUGUGUGUAAUGCGCUGUCGAUUACGUGAUCUUAACAGUGCCAUGGCUAUCCGAUUGAGUCUGUUGGAACAUAAACAUCCUAACAUCGUGUUCAGGAUAAUUUGGGGAUGUCAGUGAUGCUCCACUUUUACAUAACACCCAGGAUUACAACAUGGAAGAUUUCUCAUUAUUCAAGGCAAGGCUAUAUAAAUUAUUCAUCCUGGGUACCUCUCUCAGAUAUCAUUCAGUUUGAGUUUGAAAUUGCAUUAAAGCCGUCUACUAGGUGGGUGAAAUGAAGAUUUUCCUCACUGCCAAAAUGAUGAACAAGUUAUUGAAGUUUGCUAUUUCCCAUAGAUGAUGUGAAUAAGUAGUUAAUAUUAAACGACCCAACAAAAGACUGCACGGAAUGACCAACGCGGGAAUAAUUGAGCUGGAGACGAGAAAUUCCAACAGUUUUUGACUUUCAGUUCCACUAAACUCUGAUUAUGGUGCUACCAUAAUCUGCUUUUACUCUCGAUUAUUCUUUGUGUUGUAACUAAUGGAUCUUGAUUAAUGGCUGCAAUUUGAGCUGGGUGGCAAAAGAUGAGCUCUGUUAUCUCAAUGGCAACUGAACAGGUUAAAUACCAACAGCGUCAGAUCUUCCAUUGACAAUUCAAUGAAAUCCAAUCAAUCAGAAGGUAAUUGCUGACAGAUUCUGUCCACACAAACAAAUUGUCUCCCUCAACAUUUUGUUCACACCCUGGAUGAAACACAAACAGGAAACAGCCUCAGUCAGAUUAGACAUGUCCAGUCCAAAGGAGGAGAUCCGGGGCUCGAGAAACGCACUGACCAAGUCUGAGACCAAGAAACUCUUGCUAAAAUACAGGAAAGAGCGAGACGAAGCAUCGAAGAGAGGGGAAUUCAACCGAGAUAAACUGAAUGUGAUCCGGACGUCGAUGGCGUCGCAGAUCCGCGAAUUGAAAGAGAAGGUCAAAGCGCUCAACUCGGAAAACAAGGACUUGCAUAAAACCAUCAAAAAGCUUCAACCAGAGUUGCAACUGGACACCGAUUCCAGGCUGACGAGCAAAUUGACCAAGGAGGUGGUGAAGGAACUGAAGGAGAGGGCGGAACGAUGCAAGAGCCUGCAGCAAGAAAACUCCAGGUUAAACCAGGAAAUAGACAAAUUGGCUUCGGAGUUGGCUCAGGCGGAGAAUGUCAGGAAGCUUUUGGAAGAUCGCCUCUUGGCAGCACAGAGUCAGGUGAGAAGUCUGAGCAACGAACAUGAACGGGUGUUGAAACUGUGGGAAGAGACCAAGAUUCAGAGAGACCAGACCCUGCGAGUUAAUCGCCUCUUCAGAGAGUCCCUGUUCAGCAAAGAGUAUUGCCCCCAGACUUUGGAUAAAUGCGUUCAGACUAUCGCGUCCAUCCCCAUCUACAGGCGCUUUCAGACGAGAAAACCAGAAGCCGCGGCCAACCUGUAUGAUAUUCACCGGGAAACGGAGAAAAUAAAGCUAAAGUUGGCGAAUCAGACGGCGCUAACUCGCAAAGAAAGACGAGACAACGUUUCAGUUAAAACAUCGACUACAAUUUAUAGAAUUUCCCCAAACUGAGACUCAUUCCAAGCAAUUUAAAGAGAAAAUCACCACCAAUAAUGGCAGGACAAUUGCCGAAAUAGUCAGAUCUUGCUUUACGCGGACAUUAAGAAAUGCGCGCUUACAUCUGUUGCGUGUGUACGACCGCAUGUAUGCUGUGCAAAACAUUUUAAAAAUCGACACAUCUGAGAAUCAACGUGGCUUUGUCUUUCAGUAGUUUACAGCAAGGCUACGGGGAAUCGUUUAAAUGUGUCUUGUCUAUAUUUUGUUCCUUAACUGCAAAAUAAAUAUGCUUUAAAUCAA